GCAGAACUUUCACAUCAGUUUCUUAACUUCAGGGUUGGGAAGCUUUUGCUGCUCUUUUUGUCUGUGACAUACGGUACAAGGGUUGGCUUUGCUACGGUCCACCUGCCAGUCGAGUUUAAAGUUUCCGAGGCUCGGAGGAACACAAUGACUUGGAUGAGACAGCCUAAAAGGAAAGGACACUGCUGCAGCAACCGGGAAGCCCUUUGAAACCCAGCUAAGCUAACCGUGUCUUUUUCUUUAUAUAUUUUUUAAUGCGUCUAUACCGAAUACACCCACGACGAACCCACUUCUUUCAUUGAUCAGAGAUUUUUUUUUUUUUUCUGACGGUCCAAGAUAGUCUGAUCCUUGGCGACAUAUGGCUGGAAAAUGAAACGACCCGGGAGUGUGGCCACAUCGUUAUUCUGUGUGGUGUAAUACCAGAUGGGCACCGUGAACGGCGCAGGGAUGUGAAUGGACAGUUUGAAAUGAGAAUUUUCCUCCCUCGAGCAGGUUCCAUUUCCCUCUUGGGUCUCUCGGUAUAACGUACUAGCUUUUGCCCUUCUUCUCUGCAGUAUCAAUUAACUCAACUUGGCGGUGGAGUGGCCAGAAAGGAAGGAAUGAAGGGAUCCGGCUAAUCUUGCUGGCUGCGGAGCGGCAGAGCCUGAAACUGCGGCCCGGUGCAGAUCUGCAGACUGCGCCCGGGGCAUGGAGCGCACGGGCGACCGCGGGGACCCAGACCCGGCCCGGGGAGCCCAGCGCUGAGCUCCAGAGCCCGCCAGGCCGCCGCCUCCGCGCGCCCUCUGCCUUUACUGUCAGUGUCGCCCCUCGCAAAGAGUCAUGGAAGACGGCCCGCUGCCAGACCUCAGAGACAUCGAGCUGAAGCUGGGGCGCAAAGUGCCCGAGAGCCUAGCGCGCUCGCUGCGCGGGGAGGAGCCGGCGCCCCGGGAAGGGGCUGCGGACCCCAGCGGGGUUGGUGGGAGCUGCAGCAGCAGCAGUAGCUGCAGCAGCUUCGCGCCCUCCGUGUCCUCCUCGUCUUCAUCCUCCCCUGCCUCUGGCUCUCCACGACGUAGUCACCCCAGCGCCCUGGAGAGGUUAGAGACCAAACUGCACAUCCUCAGGCAGGAGAUGGUUAACCUCAGAGCCACUGAUGUAAGGCUCAUGCGUCAAUUGCUCCUCAUCAAUGAGAGUAUCGAGUCCAUCAAGUGGAUGAUUGAGGAAAAGGCCACCAUUACCAGCCGAGGCAGCAGUCUCAGUGGCAGCCUGUGCAGUUUGCUGGAGAGUCAAAGUACCUCCUUACGUGGCAGCUAUAACAGCCUCCAUGAUGGCAGUGACGGGCUGGAUGGCAUCUCAGUAGGGAGCUACUUGGACACUUUGGCAGAUGAUGUACCAGGUCAUCAGACCCCUUCAGACUUGGAUCAGUUCAGUGACAGCUCCAUCAUAGAGGACUCACAAGCUCUGCACAAGCAUCCCAAGUUGGAUUCUGAGUACUACUGCUUUGGCUAAUGAUCCACUUUUUUGCAUGGGACUGGUGUGCAAUUAACUUGUAUGUAUCCUUCUUCUCUGCUGCUAUAUUUUUGGUGUGAUUUAUUUUAAUAAGGCAACCUUUUUAAAGAAGCUUAUUUUUAAACUGCUUAAUGAUAUUUCUGUUGCUCCCUAAUAUUUCUCAUCUAGACUGAUUUAUUUUUCUCUGUUACAUCUCUAUUUUUAUUUAUUGUAAUAAUCUUUCUCCCUUCUCUUGCAGUAGCACAGACAAAGUAGAGGGGAAAAACAAGCAAUAAUUGUUUCUGCUUUUGUUUUCAGAGUGUGGGGUCAGGGAUUAUAUGAAACACUUUGCAAAAUUUUACAAUAAACCAAAGUCUGAUUACGUCCUUCA